GAUGCUGGGACAGAUGGGACAGCAGGCCACACUGGAGGAACCACUCAAGUAGACCUCGACCUGCUCACAGUGCUCGCACUCACUGCCCGACCAAAAAAGCUACUCUGCUGGGAAAAUACGCUUCUGUCUAUUCUCACAGACAUAUAAUCUUAACAGCAAACUGGAACUACUAGACUGGGACAACACCUUUGGACAAAAACUUGAAGGAUGCAGGACGGGAGAUGGAAUCAGUCCCUCCCCCCCUCUCUGCUUAUGAAGGAUGGGGGCAGGGUUCUAGAGGGAGACGGAGGGGUGUUCUCAGAGACGUCGUCUGAUGGGGAUCUAUACCUGGACUCUAUGGCGGAUAUGGACGCCGGAGUUGGGGACUUUUCAGAUCUUACCGCCUUCCUCAGCCAAGACGAGAUCAACCGCAGCCUGGACCUGGCUCGGGAGGCCUUCAGUGAUGCAGAAGACCGGGGAGUCACUGUCUCUCCUAUUCCCAGAACCCAGGAGCCGGCUCUCUACUUCCCCUCCCCCACCCCCUUCAACACUACAGAAUACCUGACCAAAAGCCCCAGCUUCCCCCACCAAACCAAAGCCCACUCCCCAGAUGACAGUCACUCAGUCAAAGUCACCUCCAGCCAGAGUUUCCACCUCAGCAGGCCCAUACAGGCCACAUGCGAAGCCAUGGCCUUGCCUGAGAAGUUUGUCUGCCACAAGAACAUCACCCCAGUCUACAAGCAGGACAAGCCCCGACUGGUCCACGAGGGCUUAGAGCUGAAUGAACGGGCUGCCUCCGCCACUGAGUUCUGUAGCCGUGCUGCCACCUUCAUCGAGGAGCUGUCCUCCAUCUUUAAAGGCUCCGCCCGGCCGGAGCAAAUGGGGGAGGAAGACUCCUCCUCUCCCGACAGCGGGUAUCUGUCUCCUAAGAGCCACUGGCCGGCCCCCCAGGGCUCUGCCUCUGUCCCCCCACAGCCUCUCAUCCAACAGGGGGCACCACAGCAGUGUGAGCCAGGCUUGGGUAUCCAGCUAGCAAGCAUGAUGGAUGGAAUGGGUGUGAAGGGUGUCCCUCCUCUGAGUGUGACGGGGGUUCCAAUUGUCUCCAAUCUGAUGAGUGUGAAUGAGUUGAUGGGGAAGCAGCAGCACAGUGGAGCCCCGUUGAUGGGGAAGCAGCAGCACAGUGGAGCCCAGUUGAUGGGGGAGCAGCAGCACAGUGGAGCUCAGUUGAUGGGGGAGCAGCAGCACAGUGGAGCCAUGUUGAUGGGGCAGCAGCACAGUGGAGCCAUGUUGAUGGGGGAGCAGCAGCACAGUGGAGCCCCGUUGAUGGGGAAGCAGCAGCACAGUGGAGCCCAGUUGAUGGGGGAGCAGCAGCACAGUGGAGCCAUGUUGAUGGGGAAGCAGCAGCACAGUGGAGCUCAGUUGAUGGGGGAGCAGCAGCACAGUGGAGCCAUGUUGAUGGGGAAGCAGCAGCACAGUGGAGCCCAGUUGAUGGGGGAGCAGCAGCACAGUGGAGCCAUGUUGAUGGGGAAGCAGCAGCACAGUGGAGCUCAGUUGAUGGGGGAGCAGCAGCACAGUGGAGCCCCGUUGAUGGGGAAGCAGCAGCACAGUGGAGCCCAGUUGAUGGGGAAGCAGCAGCACAGUGGAGCUCAGUUGAUGGGGGAGCAGCAGCACAGUGAAGCCCAGUUGAUGGGGGAGCAGCAGCACAGUGGAGCCAUGUUGAUGGGGAAGCAGCAGCACAGUGGAGCCCAGUUGAUGGGGGAGCAGCAGCACAGUGGAGCCAUGUUGAUGGGGAAGCAGCAGCACAGUGGAGCUCAGUUGAUGGGGGAGCAGCAGCACAGUGGAGCCAUGUUGAUGGGGAAGCAGCAGCACAGUGGAGCCCAGUUGAUGGGGGAGCAGCAGCACAGUGGAGCCAUGUUGAUGGGGAAGCAGCAGCACAGUGGAGCUCAGUUGAUGGGGGAGCAGCAGCACAGUGGAGCCCAGUUGAUGGGGGAGCAGCAGCACAGUGGAGCCCAGUUGAUGGGGGAGCAGCAGCACAGUGAAGCCCAGUUGUUGGGGCGGCAGCGGCACAGUGAAGCCCAGUUGUUGGGGGAGCAGCGUCACAGUGGAGCCCAGUUGAUGGGGGAGAAGCUCAGUGGAGCACAGAGUGUAGAUGGAGACCUGUCAUUGCCACACUUCACCCAGAAGCUGAAGAGCCAGGAGGUAGCAGAGGGACACCCCAUCCGACUGGAGUGCAGGGUGGCAGGAAACCCUCAGCCGCUGGUCAGGUGGUUCUGUGAGGGGCGGGAGCUGCACCACUGUCCUGACAUCCAGAUCUGGAGGGAUGGUGCCCUACACACGCUGGUGAUUGCUGAGGCCUUCGAGGACGACACGGGACGCUACACCUGCGUGGCCUCCAACAGCCUGGGGGCGGACAACACCUCGGCAGAGGUCUACAUCCAGGGUGCUUCAUCCUCCGACUCAGAAGGAGAAGUGUCAAAGUCCAGAUCAGGAGCCAUGCCUCAGGUCCAGAAGAAGACGACUUCAAUCUCCCUGUCCAUUCGUUCACCUUCACCCAAGAGCCCUGAGGCUGUACCUCACCGCUCCACCCUGGUCCUAUCUGCACCACCACACCGGAUGCAGAGUCCAGUUUCUUCACUAUAUGGAGGUGGUGGUCCUCUUACAGCGCCCCCUAUCUUUACCAAGCUCUUACAGAAUGCCCAGGCAUCAGAGGGUCAGGUGGUUGUGUUGGAGUGCAGGGUUCGAGGCAGCUUUCCUCUGCAGGUCCAGUGGUUCAGACAGGGACAGGUCAUCCAGGACUCUCCAGACUUCCGCAUCCUGCAGAAAAAGCCACGGUCUGCAGCAGAGCCGGAGGAGAUCUGUACGCUGGUGAUAGCAGAGGCCUUCCCAGAGGAUGGAGGUCAGUUCUGCUGCAUUGCAACCAACCUUUACGGCUCCGUCAGCAGCACAGCCCAACUCUCUGUCACUGGAGGGGCCUUCAACACUCCCACAGCGGUGUACGACUCGUUCAGGAAUGGUGUAGCGCCCGGGGAUGACUCUGUCUUUGAGGACACCCAGGCCUUUCCCCCUCCCCCGCCCACAGAGAUCAGCCUAUUGGAGGUUCCGCCCAAGGUCCCAUCCAGUACCUGCGCCGAGGGUUUCCACGUCAACGAGCUGGAGAUCUGGCCCAGCAUGUCGGGCCUGCAGCCUGUCCACAUGUACGACGACGUGGAGGGUCAGGACCGGGCCAACUGGGCACUGCAGAACGGCAGGCCUGCCAGCCCCCCUCAGCCCACCUUCAGUCUGCUUCCACGAGAGGCCCAGCCAGACUUCCCAGGCCCAGCCAAGAUGUCUCCGCCCCCAGUGAAGGAAGGUCCUCCACUGCCCACCAAGCCCAAACUAGCGGAGGGUAUAGAGGAGGAGACAGAACAUGACAGGAACGCAGAACAGUUGAAGCAGCUGCAGGAUCAGAUUAUAUUGGAACAGCAGGAAGCAGCCAAUUGGAUCCAACAUCAGGAGCAAGAGCAGGAAGUCCCGCCUCUGCCACAGCAGCCCCCGGAAGUGCCCUCUCUGCCUUCUCCUCCUCUUCCCCCUCCUCCCUCCUUCCAGGAGCUGGAGAGCAGCGCCAUGCAGACCAGCACCUUCAACUACGCCCGGCCAAAGCAGUUCAUUGCUGCCCAGAGCCCUGGGGGGACUGGCCCUAUGGGGGGCUAUGUCACCCAGUCCUCAGGGUCCUCUGGUUCCAGCCUGCCCUCCCCCCUCUCCCCACCCACCUCACAAAAACCCUUCACCAGGGUUGUCCUGCCUCCCUUCAGUAAGGGCGGCAGCAUUGAGUCUCAGUCCCCUUCCUCUCCCUCCUUCCCACCUCCACCUCCUCCCUUCCUCAGUAGCAGCAUUUCAUCCUUGUCAGGCCCUGCCAAAGACUUCCCUCCACCCCCUCCUCCCCCUCCUCCACCUGUCUCUUCGGCUCCCCCCUACUCCCUCGCCCACUCCAACAGCUCCUCCCCCUUCACCUCCAUGCCCCAAUCACCUGCUGGCUUCCUGGCCUCUGUCCUUCCAGCCACACCCACUAGCCCAUCCUUCAACGCCCUGGGCCUGCCUAAAGGGAACGGGACUAUCAGUGCUUUUCCCCGGAAACAGUCCAGAGGAACCCCACGCCUGGCCUCAGACUCUGACAUCCAGGGAACCAAGGAUGCUGUCAUUCAGGACCUGGAAAGGAAGCUACGAUUCAAGGAGGAGCGCAUGAGCAACGGACAACAGAGGUUAACCUAUGAGGAGAAGAUGGCUCGCAGGCUGCUGGGGGCAGACAACGCAUCCACAGUACUAAACACACAGCAGCAGGAUGAGGAGCCAGUUACACAGGAUUCCAGUUCAUCUGACAUAGAAUCUGUCCCUCAAAAGGAGUACAAGGUGUCCAGCUUCGAGCAGCGCCUGAUCAGUGAGAUCGAGUUCCGUCUGGAGCGCUCUCCAGUGGAGGAGUCUGACGAGGAUGUGCAGCAUGACGAGGAUGCCACCGGCACCGGGGUGGUGCCCUUCUUCGACAGCAAGCUCAAACACUACAAGGUGUUCGAGGGCAUGCCCGUCACCUUCUCCUGCAAGGUCAUUGGAGACCCCAAGCCAAAGAUCUACUGGUUUAAGGAUGGGAAGCAGAUCUCUAAGAGGAGUGAACACUACAGGAUCAGCCGCGACGCUGACGGGACCUGCAACCUCCACACCGCCGCCACCUCAUUGGACGAUGACGGCAACUACACCAUUAUGGCUGGUAACCCUGAGGGGAGGGUGAGCUGUACUGGAAGGAUGAUGGUCCAGGCAGUGAACCAGAGGGGGAGGAGCCAGCGCUCUGCACCUGGACACAUCCGCAGACCUAGGUCUCGGUCCAGAGACAGUGGUGAUGAGAACGAGAACAUCCAGGAGCGUCACUUCCGCCCCCACUUCCUGCAGGCGCCUGGUGACCUCAUCGUCCAGGAGGGUAGGCUCUGCCGGAUGGACUGCAAGGUGAGUGGCUUGCCCACACCAGACCUGAUCUGGCAGCUGAAUGGUCAGACCAUCCGUCCUGACUCCGCCCACAAGAUGCUGGUGAGGGAGAAUGGCGUCCACUCGCUGGUCAUCGAGCCCGUGUCCAGCCGUGAUGCAGGCAUCUACACCUGCAUCGCCAGCAACCGCGCUGGACAGAACUCCUUCAACCUGGAACUCAUUGUAGCAGCCAAAGAGAUGCACAAGGCCCCUUCGUUCAUCGAGAAGCUGCAGAACACUGGUGUUGCCGAGGGUUACCCGGUGCGUCUGGAGUGCCGUGUGUCGGCUGUUCCCUACCCACAGAUCUUUUGGAAGAAAGAGAAUGAGUCUUUCACGCACAACACAGACAGGAUAAGCAUGCACCAGGACAACUGUGGCUAUCUGUGUAUGAUCAUCCAACCAGCCAUGAAGGAGGAUGCUGGCUGGUACACCGUGUCUGCCAAGAACGAGGCUGGCAUUGUGUCCAGCACUGCACGACUCGACGUCCACACUCAGUGGCAGCAGCCCAACACUCCCAAGCCUAAGAAGGUGCGUCCGUCGACGAGUCGCUAUGCAGCGCUGACAGAGAGAGGACUGGACGUGAAGGCAGCCUUCUUCCCCGACUCCAGCCCCCUGCAGCCGGGAGGCCUGGUGGAGAGUGAUGACCUGUAGAGACCAACGGGGGCACCACAUGCCCAAACAAGUCCCUAAUGUAAUGCCUUAAAACUAACCCCUGACCCCAGCACCAGCCCUGUUCCGCCCCGUUCUCCCCAGACAUAGGGGUAAAUGUAACCCCCUCCAUCCGAGGUGUUUUACGACAAGGCCACAGAUACCUUUCUGGAAGAUGGAUGACGGGCAAUGUGACACCCCAUAAUAUCUGUGUCAAUCAAACAUGGAUCCCAAUUUAGGAUCAGAUGAUUCCAUUUUGUCAACCAUUAAAGCAGAGGAAUCUACCCUGAGCGGCCAUUGAAGUUUAUUUUCGAUUGUAAAACUGCCAUUACCACACAAAAGUGUGUUCACCUCUGAAGUGUCUGAGAUAUCUCACAUGAUCUCUCUGUAAGAAUUAUAAUUAAAGGUUUAAAGUUCAAGUUGAAAGUAGCAUUAUUAUGCAUGUUACAAUGUUGCCAUUUGUAACGCUGUAUCUAAAUGGAUGACGUUUUAUGAAAUACUCACUCAACAAAGGCACCAAAUUGUAGGGGCAGAGAUAUUUAGAAACGGGACAGACUUUGGAUCUGCAAUGGAAAGUCCAAAGCAUGGGAGCAGCACAUCAUGUUUCCCAGAAGAGACCCCAAAACACUAAGUUAUUAUUUUAUAUGGGUAUCACAGCAUAGUCUGGGUAACAUAGCACAAUAUGGAUAUCAGCAGUGUCUAUUUCCUUUUUGUUACAAGUAGCACAAUAACCUAGAUAUCAGCAUUGUGGUUCAACAUUUAUCAUAAUUUCCAUAGAUAUUGCACAAGGCCGGGCCUUACUUACUUUUCGCUUCUGUUUUUUUGUCAGGUCAAAUGACCUUGGAAGUUAAAACUGUUUAGUGACUUUAGAUGAGUUGUGAAAAAGAGAAUGUUGGCUGAAUGAUGCAGACACCGUUGAGAGCUUUGUGUUACCAUAGUAACUUCAGUGAUUGAUGGAAAGAGAGGUCCGUGACAUGCUAGGAGGUACUGGCAUGUGAAGGUUGACUAUAACAGGGACAGGAUGAGGGGUUAUCCUGGGCCAGGAGGCCCACAAGAUCUGUCUCAGCCCAGUGUCAACAGUCACUUCAACGCUUGUGAACUGUGUGAUACGCGAGUGGGAGACAUCAAGGACAGACAAAAGCAAGUUUUUCAGAAUGGAAUUCAGUGUGAGAAGAUGACAAAGCAAUGGAUUAUGUUGAUGAUGAUGAAAUGAUGAAGAAAAUGACCGUUAUGACAGAUUCUGGAGAUCAUUUAUUUCCUUUGAUGUUUCAGUUUAAAAUCUUCACAAACACAUGACAGUCCUAAAAAUGGCUUCAGUGGCUUGAUUACACACUACAGAUGGUCUGCUUUAUUUUUGUAUGAAAAAAAACCUCUGUAUUUACUUUCCCAAGAAACUUGACAAAUUAUGUAUCUUCUCUAAUGUUCAAUGACAAAACAUAAUCCUGACUAUUAAAAUAUCACACUUUUUAAAACUAUAUUGCCUUAAAAGAUCACUUGGGCCUAUUUCAAUCACUAUCUGUCCAUAUUUUUCUGAGGCACUCAUGACAAGCAAGUAUUUUUGACAAUUAUAAACUGUUUAGAAGGGAGAAUAUAUGCACAGAAUUGUAUUGAAAUAAGUAAUUAUAUAUUUUCUUUCACUACUGUAUUACCAAAAGGGCAUAUCUUGCUGUAUCUGUUCAGAUCAUGUUUCAUCCUGCCAUGACUAGUCACUCACAAACAUAUAGGACACCUUUUUGAUUUAUAUGCCCAUCUGUGCCUGUAUAUGGAAUGUUCUCCUGAUAUCAUGUUAGUUUAUGAAAGAUAAUAAAAAAUCAAAGUCUGGA